CGGGGAUGGUCGCGUCGCGUCGCACUCCCAGCUGUAUCGGUGAACACGUAACUUUGUGACAAUGUUGUGUGUGGACUUAUGACUGUGUAUUGCUUUCCUCGUUGGUUACAAAAAGAUCAUUGACACACAUGCUUUCACCAUCGACGAAAGCGGCCUGCUGGCUGACCACAUUCCUGAGCGUCUUCGUCACAGGUGAACUUCCAAUCCAAUCGGAGGCUGAACCGGAGUUUCUGCAGGCGCUGGAGAACCACACUGUGACGCAGGGCAGGGACGUCCACUUCACAUGUGUGGUCAACCAUCUCUCUAACUACAGAGUAGCCUGGAUCAAAUCCGACUCGAAGGCGAUCCUCGCGAUCCACACCAACAUGGUUGCCCUCAACCCGCGGCUGUCGGUGACCUACAACAACCACAACACGUGGAAGCUGCACGUCAGCAACGUCCAGGCCAACGACUCCGGUACAUACAUGUGUCAGGUCAACACAGACCCCAUGAAGAGUCAGAUGGGUCACCUCUCAGUGGUGAUACCGCCGGACAUAAUCGACACGGUGACAGAGGGGAGUUCCGCACGGGAGGGGGGCAGCGUGCGACUGACGUGCAGCGCGACGGGCGUCCCGCCGCCGACGGUCAUGUGGCGGCGAGAGCACAGCAAGCCCAUAGUCUUCAGACACGACGGGGGUAGAGAGAGAAAAGUUGUGGAAACCUUUCGCGGCGAGAGCCUGGAGCUGGGUCACGUGCAGCGCACGGACAUGGGCGCGUACUACUGCAUCGCGAGCAACGGCGUGCCGCCCACCGUCAGCCGCCGGUAUCACGUGCAGGUGCACUUCAUACCUCAAGUGAAAGUGACGAACCAAUUAGUGGGCGCGCCACUCGGAAGCGACGUGGAACUUCAGUGCUACAUAGAAGCCUCGCCUAAAGCUAUGAACUCCUGGUACCGAGAAGACUCGCUGGUAAGCGACAAGCUCCUAGAGAACCCCAAGUUUCGCAUCGCCGAAACCGCGAUGAACGAGUACUCACUGUGGAUGAACUUGACGAUCAAGUCGCUGGCGCCAGCGGACUACGGCACGUACGUGUGCGCCUCCGUCAACGCGCUCGGCAAGAUGGAGAGCCAAGUCAGCUUGCACAGGUUGGAGCUGAGCAUGAACGGUUACGCGGAGGAGCCGAUGGUGUCAGGCGCGGCGCAGCGCACGCGAAGCCGGCCGGCCGCGUCGCACGCGCACUACGUCCCCCCGCCGCAGAUGUUCGCCAUCCUGCUCACACUGAGAUAUGUACAUACUUACUAAGCUGUAAUAUACUGUGGUGUACUUUAUACAAU